AUGCCAACAACCAUUGAAGGACCACUGGACCGUUUGGAAGGCGUUCAAUCAGACAGCGCAUCCUGGAGACCAGUACGAGCGACGCGGUGGAGUCUCGAUGUUGUUCGCCCGGAAUUCCUCUCCCCACGGCCAGGCAACCCAAAGAAACCGUUGCGACGUACAGCCUGGCUCGAUGGAUUACGAGGCUUUGCUGCAUUCAUAGUAUACCUUCAUCACAACCAGCUUUGGUCGCACGACAUCCAUGGAAACUCGGUGUUCGAAAACUCCUUUGGUUAUCAAGGCCGGCAUUACUUCGCAGCCCUACCUUUCAUCCGACAUUUCUUUUCCGGUGGGCACUUUGCGGUGGCCAUAUUCUUCGUCAUCUCCGGCUACGUGCUCUCUGUCAAAUCCUUAGGGUUGAUUCAGAAAAGCCAGCACAUGGGAUCAGCUGAUGGCGUUGGCUCUGCGCUCUUCCGUCGGUGGCUGCGACUCUACCUUCCCGUCAUGGGAUUUUCCAUCUCAUGGAUGAUGAUCCGACACUGGACCGACGUGUGGGUCGACUUUGGCGAACGCAGGAGCUCAUGGAGCGAAGAGUUCAAGACGUGGUACUUCUCUUUCAAAAACUUCAGUUUUGUGUUCCUGACCGGAGAGAAUGUUGAAUUUACAAAAAACUACAACGGCCAUCUGUGGUCGAUUCCUAUUGAAUUCAAAGGUUCAAUCAUUGUGUACACAGUGAUAUCUGCUCUUUCCAGAUGCACGAGGAACGCCAGACUAUGGUGUGAAGUUGCACUCAUCUUCUACUUCUUGUACGUCGUCGACGGUUGGUAUGGCGCCCUGUUUAUGGGUGGCAUGCUGUUGUGUGAUCUCGACCUACUGGCCCUCGACGACGAAGAGCCGCGUAUCCUUGCCAAGCUUGAAGGGUUCAAGGAGUUCAUUUUCUUUCACCUGUUUCUCGUCGCCAUGUACCUUGGCGGUGUACCGUCAUGUGAAAGCCCCGACGGGAACCGCGACUUGCUUGCUUCCUCGCCAGGCUGGAAGUGGCUUUACAAAUUCAGGCCGCAGGCUGUCUGGGAUGUGAAGUGGUUUUAUCUCAGUUGGGCUGCCAUUCUUACUGUCGCGUCUAUUCCUCGACUACCAUGGCUCAAGCGCUUUUUCGAGACGCGAUUCUGUCAGUAUCUUGGUCGCAUCUCUUUUGCUCUUUAUCUGGUUCACGGCACAGUUAUCUUUGUACUGGCCGAUCGACUGUACGCCGCCGUGGGAUUCAAGAAGAGCGGACAUAAGAACAUUCCCCAAUGGGUUGAUGUACUCCCACUGGCCAUGAACGGACCCAUGGGCUUCGAGCUGGCGUUCUGGGCUGUGCAGCUCAUCAACCUGCCGGUCACACUUUACGUCGCGGAGGUUGUGACCAAGCUUUUCGACGAGCCAAGCGUGAAGGUUUCCAACUGGCUUUACAAGCAAGCCCUGGCACCGCAGGCGCUCUCACCAAAGCGAUGA